AUGCUUUCGUCAUUCGAUUCCUUCCUUCGAAUCGUCCCUUCCGUCGCCACCUCCGUUCCGUUGCCACCUCCCCCUCCCUCUCGCCCUACUUUCCCUUGCCGGUCGCCCUACUUUCCCUUGCCGAUCGCCCUACUUUCCCUUGCCGGUCGCCCUACUUUCCCUUGCCGGUCGCCCUACUCUCCCUCCCAUUGCCUUCCGCGUCGCCCACGCGUCCCCUGCCGUCACCCUCGCUUCUCAUCCCGUCGCCUUCCCUCGCUUCGCUUCCCCGUCGCCCUCGCUUCUCAUCCCAUCGCCUUGCCCAUCCUCCUAGCUUCCCCUGCCAGUCGCCGCUCCCCGCCGCCCUCGCUCCCCCCUGCUGUUUCCCUCGCUCCCCCCUGCUGUUUCCCUCGCUCCCCCCUGCUGUUUCCCUCGCUUCCCCCUGCUGUUUCCCUCGCUCCCCCCUGCUGUUUCCCUCGCUUCCCCCUGCUGUUUCCCUCGCUCCCCCCUGCUGUUUCCCUCGCUUCCCCCUGCUGUUUCCCUCGCUCCCCCCUGCUGUUUCCCUCGCUCCCCCCUGCUGUUUCCCUCGCUCCCCCCUGCUGUUUCCCUCGCUCCCCCCUGCUGUUUCCCUCGCUUCCCCCUGCUGUUUCCCUCGCUCCCCCCUGCUGUUUCCCUCGCUUCCCCCUGCUGUUUCCCUCGCUCCCCCCUGCUGUUUCCCUCGCUUCCCCCUGCUGUUUCCCUCGCUCCCCCCUGCUGUUUCCCUCGCUUCCCCCUGCUGUUUCCCUCGCUCCCCCCUGCUGUUUCCCUCGCUCCCCCCUGCUGUUUCCCUCGCUUCCCCCUGCUGUUUCCCUCGCUUCCCCCUGCUGUUUCCCUCGCUCCCCCCUGCUGUUUCCCUCGCUUCCCCCUGCUGUUUCCCUCGCUCCCCCCUGCUGUUUCCCUCGCUUCCCCCUGCUGUUUCCCUCGCUCCCCCCUGCUGUUUCCCUCGCUCCCCCCUGCUGUUUCCCUCGCUUCCCCCUGCUGUUUCCCUCGCUUCCCCCUGCUGUUUCCCUCGCUUCCCCCUGCUGUUUCCCUCGCUUCCCCCUGCUGUUUCCCUCGCUCCCCCCUGCUGUUUCCCUCGCUUCCCCCUGCUGUUUCCCUCGCUCCCCCCUGCUGUUUCCCUCGCUUCCCCCUGCUGUUUCCCUCGCUCCCCCCUGCUGUUUCCCUCGCUUCCCCCUGCUGUUUCCCUCGCUCCCCCCUGCUGUUUCCCUCGCUUCCCCCUGCUGUUUCCCUCGCUUCCCCCUGCUGUUUCCCUCGCUUCCCCCUGCUGUUUCCCUCGCUCCCCCCUGCUGUUUCCCUCGCUUCCCCCUGCUGUUUCCCUCGCUUCCCCCUGCUGUUUCCCUCGCUUCCCCCUGCUGUUUCCCUCGCUUCCCCCUGCUGUUUCCCUCGCUCCCCCCUGCUGUUUCCCUCGCUUCCCCCUGCUGUUUCCCUCGCUUCCCCCUGCUGUUUCCCUCGCUUCCCCCUGCUGUUUCCCUCGCUCCCCCCUGCUGUUUCCCUCGCUUCCCCCUGCUGUUUCCCUCGCUCCCCCCUGCUGUUUCCCUCGCUUCCCCCUGCUGUUUCCCUCGCUCCCCCCUGCUGUUUCCCUCGCUUCCCCCUGCUGUUUCCCUCGCUCCCCCCUGCUGUUUCCCUCGCUUCCCCCUGCUGUUUCCCUCGCUUCCCCCUGCUGUUUCCCUCGCUUCCCCCUGCUGUUUCCAUCGCUCCCCCCUGCUGUUUCCCUCGCUUCCCCCUGCUGUUUCCCUCGCUCCCCCCUGCUGUUUCCCUCGCUCCCCCCUGCUGUUUCCCUCGCUUCCCCCUGCUGUUUCCCUCGCUUCCCCCUGCUGUUUCCCUCGCUUCCCCCUGCUGUUUCCCUCGCUUCCCCCUGCUGUUUCCCUCGCUCCCCCCUGCUGUUUCCCUCGCUUCCCCCUGCUGUUUCCCUCGCUCCCCCCUGCUGUUUCCCUCGCUUCCCCCUGCUGUUUCCCUCGCUUCCCCCUGCUGUUUCCUUCGCUCCCCCCUGCUGUUUCCCUCGCUUCCCCCUGCUGUUUCCCUCGCUUCCCCCUGCUGUUUCCCUCGCUUCCCCCUGCUGUUUCCCUCGCUUCCCCCUGCUGUUUCCCUCGCUUCCCCCUGCUGUUUCCCUCGCUCCCCCCUGCUGUUUCCCUCGCUCCCCCCUGCUGUUUCCCUCGCUCCCCCCUGCUGUUUCCCUCGCUCCCCCCUGCUGUUUCCCUCGCUUCCCCCUGCUGUUUCCCUCGCUCCCCCCUGCUGUUUCCCUCGCUCCCCCCUGCUGUUUCCCUCGCUUCCCCCUGCUGUUUCCCUCGCUUCCCCCUGCUGUUUCCCUCGCUUCCCCCUGCUGUUUCCCUCGCUUCCCCCUGCUGUUUCCCUCGCUUCCCCCUGCUGUUUCCCUCGCUUCCCCCUGCUGUUUCCCUCGCUUCCCCCUGCUGUUUCCCUCGCUUCCCCCUGCUGUUUCCCUCGCUCCCCCCUGCUGUUUCCCUCGCUCCCCCCUGCUGUUUCCCUCGCUCCCCCCUGCUGUUUCCCUCGCUUCCCCCUGCUGUUUCCCUCGCUCCCCCCUGCUGUUUCCCUCGCUCCCCCCUGCUGUUUCCCUCGCUUCCCCCUGCUGUUUCCCUCGCUCCCCCCUGCUGUUUCCCUCGCUCCCCCCUGCUGUUUCCCUCGCUUCCCCCUGCUGUUUCCCUCGCUUCCCCCUGCUGUUUCCCUCGCUCCCCCCUGCUGUUUCCCUCGCUCCCCCCUGCUGUUUCCCUCGCUUCCCCCUGCUGUUUCCCUCGCUCCCCCCUGCUGUUUCCCUCGCUUCCCCCUGCUGUUUCCCUCGCUUCCCCCUGUUGUUUCCCUCGCUUCCCCCUGCUGUUUCCCUCGCUCCCCCCUGCUGUUUCCCUCGCUUCCCCCUGCUGUUUCCCUCGCUUCCCCCUGCUGUUUCCCUCGCUCCCCCCUGCUGUUUCCCUCGAUUCCCCCUGCUGUUUCCCUCGCUUCCCCCUGCUGUUUCCCUCGCUUCCCCCUGCUGUUUCCCUCGCUCCCCCCUGCUGUUUCCCUCGCUUCCCCCUGCUGUUUCCCUCGCUUCCCCCUGUUGUUUCCCUCGCUUCCCCCUGCUGUUUCCCUCGCUCCCCCCUGCUGUUUCCCUCGCUUCCCCCUGCUGUUUCCCUCGCUUCCCCCUGCUGUUUCCCUCGCUUCCCCCUGCUGUUUCCCUCGCUCCCCCCUGCUGUUUCCCUCGAUUCCCCCUGCUGUUUCCCUCGCUCCCCCCUGCUGUUUCCCUCGCUUCCCCCUGCUGUUUCCCUCGCUCCCCCCUGCUGUUUCCCUCGCUCCCCCCUGCUGUUUCCCUCGCUUCCCCCUGCUGUUUCCCUCGCUUCCCCCUGCUGUUUCCCUCGCUUCCCCCUGCUGUUUCCCUCGCUUCCCCCUGCUGUUUCCCUCGCUCCCCCCUGCUGUUUCCCUCGCUUCCCCCUGCUGUUUCCCUCGCUCCCCCCUGCUGUUUCCCUCGCUUCCCCCUGCUGUUUCCCUCGCUUCCCCCUGCUGUUUCCCUCGCUUCCCCCUGCUGUUUCCCUCGCUCCCCCCUGCUGUUUCCCUCGCUUCCCCCUGCUGUUUCCCUCGCUUCCCCCUGCUGUUUCCCUCGCUUCCCCCUGCUGUUUCCCUCGCUCCCCCCUGCUGUUUCCCUCGCUUCCCCCUGCUGUUUCCCUCGCUCCCCCCUGCUGUUUCCCUCGCUUCCCCCUGCUGUUUCCCUCGCUCCCCCCUGCUGUUUCCCUCGCUUCCCCCUGCUGUUUCCCUCGCUCCCCCCUGCUGUUUCCCUCGCUCCCCCCUGCUGUUUCCCUCGCUCCCCCCUGCUGUUUCCCUCGCUUCCCCCUGCUGUUUCCCUCGCUUCCCCCUGCUGUUUCCCUCGCUUCCCCCUGCUGUUUCCCUCGCUUCCCCCUGCUGUUUCCCUCGCUUCCCCCUGCUGUUUCCCUCGCUCCCCCCUGCUGUUUCCCUCGCUCCCCCCUGCUGUUUCCCUCGCUCCCCCCUGCUGUUUCCCUCGCUUCCCCCUGCUGUUUCCCUCGCUUCCCCCUGCUGUUUCCCUCGCUCCCCCCUGCUGUUUCCCUCGCUUCCCCCUGCUGUUUCCCUCGCUCCCCCCUGCUGUUUCCCUCUCUUCCCCCUGCUGUUUCCCUCGCUCCCCCCUGCUGUUUCCCUCGCUCCCCCCUGCUGUUUCCCUCGCUUCCCCCUGCUGUUUCCCUCGCUCCCCCCUGCUGUUUCCCUCGCUCCCCCCUGCUGUUUCCCUCGCUUCCCCCUGCUGUUUCCCUCGCUUCCCCCUGCUGUUUCCCUCGCUCCCCCCUGCUGUUUCCCUCGCUCCCCCCUGCUGUUUCCCUCGCUCCCCCCUGCUGUUUCCCUCGCUCCCCCCUGCUGUUUCCCUCGCUUCCCCCUGCUGUUUCCCUCGCUUCCCCCUGCUGUUUCCCUCGCUCCCCCCUGCUGUUUCCCUCGCUUCCCCCUGCUGUUUCCCUCGCUUCCCCCUGCUGUUUCCCUCGCUUCCCCCUGCUGUUUCCCUCGCUCCCCCUGCUGUUUCCCUCGCUUCCCCCUGCUGUUUCCCUCGCUUCCCCCUGCUGUUUCCCUCGCUCCCCCCUGCUGUUUCCCUCGCUUCCCCCUGCUGUUUCCCUCGCUCCCCCCUGCUGUUUCCCUCGCUUCCCCCUGCUGUUUCCCUCGCUCCCCCCUGCUGUUUCCCUCGCUCCCCCCUGCUGUUUCCCUCGCUCCCCCCUGCUGUUUCCCUCGCUUCCCCCUGCUGUUUCCCUCGCUUCCCCCUGCUGUUUCCCUCGCUUCCCCCUGCUGUUUCCCUCGCUUCCCCCUGCUGUUUCCCUCGCUUCCCCCUGCUGUUUCCCUCGCUCCCCCCUGCUGUUUCCCUCGCUCCCCCCUGCUGUUUCCCUCGCUCCCCCCUGCUGUUUCCCUCGCUCCCCCCUGCUGUUUCCCUCGCUUCCCCCUGCUGUUUCCCUCGCUCCCCCCUGCUGUUUCCCUCGCUCCCCCCUGCUGUUUCCCUCGCUCCCCCCUGCUGUUUCCCUCGCUUCCCCCUGCUGUUUCCCUCGCUUCCCCCUGCUGUUUCCCUCGCUUCCCCCUGCUGUUUCCCUCGCUUCCCCCUGCUGUUUCCCUCGCUUCCCCCUGCUGUUUCCCUCGCUUCCCCCUGCUGUUUCCCUCGCUCCCCCCUGCUGUUUCCCUCGCUCCCCCCUGCUGUUUCCCUCGCUUCCCCCUGCUGUUUCCCUCGCUCCCCCCUGCUGUUUCCCUCGCUCCCCCCUGCUGUUUCCCUCGCUUCCCCCUGCUGUUUCCCUCGCUCCCCCCUGCUGUUUCCCUCGCUCCCCCCUGCUGUUUCCCUCGCUUCCCCCUGCUGUUUCCCUCGCUCCCCCCUGCUGUUUCCCUCGCUCCCCCCUGCUGUUUCCCUCGCUCCCCCCUGCUGUUUCCCUCGCUUCCCCCUGCUGUUUCCCUCGCUUCCCCCUGCUGUUUCCCUCGCUCCCCCCUGCUGUUUCCCUCGCUUCCCCCUGCUGUUUCCCUCGCUCCCCCCUGCUGGUUCCCUCGCUCCCCCCUGCUGUUUCCCUCGCUCCCCCCUGCUGUUUCCCUCGCUUCCCCCUGCUGUUUCCCUCGCUCCCCCCUGCUGUUUCCCUCGCUUCCCCCUGCUGUUUCCCUCGCUCCCCCCUGCUGUUUCCCUCGCUUCCCCCUGCUGUUUCCCUCGCUUCCCCCUGCUGUUUCCCUCGCUUCCCCCUGCUGUUUCCCUCGCUUCCCCCUGCUGUUUCCCUCGCUUCCCCCUGCUGUUUCCCUCGCUCCCCCCUGCUGUUUCCCUCGCUCCCCCCUGCUGUUUCCCUCGCUCCCCCCUGCUGUUUCCCUCGCUCCCCCCUGCUGUUUCCCUCGCUCCCCCCUGCUGUUUCCCUCGCUCCCCCCUGCUGUUUCCCUCGCUUCCCCCUGCUGUUUCCCUCGCUCCCCCCUGCUGUUUCCCUCGCUCCCCCCUGCUGUUUCCCUCGCUUCCCCCUGCUGUUUCCCUCGCUCCCCCCUGCUGUUUCCCUCGCUUCCCCCUGCUGUUUCCCUCGCUCCCCCCUGCUGUUUCCCUCGCUCCCCCCUGCUGUUUCCCUCGCUCCCCCCUGCUGUUUCCCUCGCUUCCCCCUGCUGUUUCCCUCGCUCCCCCCUGCUGUUUCCCUCGCUCCCCCCUGCUGUUUCCCUCGCUUCCCCCUGCUGUUUCCCUCGCUCCCCCCUGCUGUUUCCCUUGAUCCCCCUGCUGUUUCCCUCGCUUCCCCCUGCUGUUUCCCUCGCUCCCCCCUGCUGUUUCCCUCGCUUCCCCCUGCUGUUUCCCUCGCUCCCCCCUGCUGUUUCCCUCGCUCCCCCCUGCUGUUUCCCUCGCUCCCCCCUGCUGUUUCCCUCGCUUCCCCCUGCUGUUUCCCUCGCCCCCCCCUGCUGUUUCCCUCGCUCCCCCCUGCUGUUUCCCUCGCUCCCCCCUGCUGUUUCCCUCGCUUCCCCCUGCUGUUUCCCUCGCUUCCCCCUGCUGUUUCCCUCGCUUCCCCCUGCUGUUUCCCUCGCUUCCCCCUGCUGUUUCCCUCGCUCCCCCCUGCUGUUUCCCUCGCUCCCCCCUGCUGUUUCCCUCGCUCCCCCUGCUGUUUCCCUCGCUUCCCCCUGCUGUUUCCCUCGCUUCCCCCUGCUGUUUCCCUCGCUCCCCCCUGCUGUUUCCCUCGCUCCCCCCUGCUGUUUCCCUCGCUCCCCCCUGCUGUUUCCCUCGCUCCCCCCUGCUGUUUCCCUCGCUCCCCCCUGCUGUUUCCCUCGCUCCCCCCUGCUGUUUCCCUCGCUCCCCCCUGCUGUUUCCCUCGCUUCCCCCUGCUGUUUCCCUCGCUCCCCCCUGCUGUUUCCCUCGCUCCCCCCUGCUGUUUCCCUCGCUCCCCCCUGCUGUUUCCCUCGCUCCCCCCUGCUGUUUCCCUCGCUCCCCCCUGCUGUUUCCCUCGCUCCCUGCUGUUUCCCUCGCUCCCCCCUGCUGUUUCCCUCGCUCCCCCCUGCUGUUUCCCUCGCUUCCCCCUGCUGUUUCCCUCGCUUCCCCCUGCUGUUUCCCUCGCUUCCCCCUGCUGUUUCCCUCGCUUCCCCCUGCUGUUUCCCUCGCUCCCCCCUGCUGUUUCCCUCGCUCCCCCCUGCUGUUUCCCUCGCUUCCCCCUGCUGUUUCCCUCGCUCCCCCCUGCUGUUUCCCUCGCUCCCCCCUGCUGUUUCCCUCGCUUCCCCCUGCUGUUUCCCUCGCUCCCCCCUGCUGUUUCCCUCGCUCCCCCUGCUGUUUCCCUCGCUUCCCCCUGCUGUUUCCCUCGCUCCCCCCUGCUGUUUCCCUCGCUCCCCCCUGCUGUUUCCCUCGCUCCCCCCUGCUGUUUCCCUCGCUUCCCCCUGCUGUUUCCCUCGCUUCCCCCUGCUGUUUCCCUCGCUCCCCCCUGCUGUUUCCCUCGCUUCCCCCUGCUGUUUCCCUCGCUCCCCCCUGCUGUUUCCCUCGCUUCCCCCUGCUGUUUCCCUCGCUCCCCCCUGCUGUUUCCCUCGCUUCCCCCUGCUGUUUCCCUCGCUCCCCCCUGCUGUUUCCCUCGCUCCCCCCUGCUGUUUCCCUCGCUCCCCCCUGCUGUUUCCCUCGCUUCCCCCUGCUGUUUCCCUCGCUUCCCCCUGCUGUUUCCCUCGCUUCCCCCUGCUGUUUCCCCCUGCUGUUUCCCUCGCUUCCCCCUGCUGUUUCCCUCGCUCCCCCCUGCUGUUUCCCUCGCUCCCCCCUGCUGUUUCCCUCGCUCCCCCCUGCUGUUUCCCUCGCUCCCCCCUGCUGUUUCCCUCGCUUCCCCCUGCUGUUUCCCUCGCUCCCCCCUGCUGUUUCCCUCGCUCCCCCCUGCUGUUUCCCUCGCUCCCCCCUGCUGUUUCCCUCGCUUCCCCCUGCUGUUUCCCUCGCUUCCCCCUGCUGUUUCCCUCGCUUCCCCCUGCUGUUUCCCUCGCUUCCCCCUGCUGUUUCCCUCGCUUCCCCCUGCUGUUUCCCUCGCUUCCCCCUGCUGUUUCCCUCGCUCCCCCCUGCUGUUUCCCUCGCUCCCCCCUGCUGUUUCCCUCGCUUCCCCCUGCUGUUUCCCUCGCUCCCCCCUGCUGUUUCCCUCGCUCCCCCCUGCUGUUUCCCUCGCUUCCCCCUGCUGUUUCCCUCGCUCCCCCCUGCUGUUUCCCUCGCUCCCCCCUGCUGUUUCCCUCGCUUCCCCCUGCUGUUUCCCUCGCUCCCCCCUGCUGUUUCCCUCGCUCCCCCCUGCUGUUUCCCUCGCUCCCCCCUGCUGUUUCCCUCGCUUCCCCCUGCUGUUUCCCUCGCUUCCCCCUGCUGUUUCCCUCGCUCCCCCCUGCUGUUUCCCUCGCUUCCCCCUGCUGUUUCCCUCGCUCCCCCCUGCUGGUUCCCUCGCUCCCCCCUGCUGUUUCCCUCGCUCCCCCCUGCUGUUUCCCUCGCUUCCCCCUGCUGUUUCCCUCGCUCCCCCCUGCUGUUUCCCUCGCUUCCCCCUGCUGUUUCCCUCGCUCCCCCCUGCUGUUUCCCUCGCUCCCCCCUGCUGUUUCCCUCGCUCCCCCCUGCUGUUUCCCUCGCUUCCCCCUGCUGUUUCCCUCGCCCCCCCCUGCUGUUUCCCUCGCUCCCCCCUGCUGUUUCCCUCGCUCCCCCCUGCUGUUUCCCUCGCUUCCCCCUGCUGUUUCCCUCGCUUCCCCCUGCUGUUUCCCUCGCUUCCCCCUGCUGUUUCCCUCGCUUCCCCCUGCUGUUUCCCUCGCUCCCCCCUGCUGUUUCCCUCGCUUCCCCCUGCUGUUUCCCUCGCUUCCCCCUGCUGUUUCCCUCGCUUCCCCCUGCUGUUUCCCUCGCUUCCCCCUGCUGUUUCCCUCGCUCCCCCCUGCUGUUUCCCUCGCUCCCCCCUGCUGUUUCCCUCGCUUCCCCCUGCUGUUUCCCUCGCUCCCCCCUGCUGUUUCCCUCGCUCCCCCCUGCUGUUUCCCUCGCUUCCCCCUGCUGUUUCCCUCGCUCCCCCCUGCUGUUUCCCUCGCUCCCCCCUGCUGUUUCCCUCGCUUCCCCCUGCUGUUUCCCUCGCUCCCCCCUGCUGUUUCCCUCGCUCCCCCCUGCUGUUUCCCUCGCUCCCCCCUGCUGUUUCCCUCGCUUCCCCCUGCUGUUUCCCUCGCUUCCCCCUGCUGUUUCCCUCGCUCCCCCCUGCUGUUUCCCUCGCUUCCCCCUGCUGUUUCCCUCGCUCCCCCCUGCUGUUUCCCUCGCUUCCCCCUGCUGUUUCCCUCGCUCCCCCCUGCUGUUUCCCUCGCUUCCCCCUGCUGUUUCCCUCGCUCCCCCCUGCUGUUUCCCUCGCUCCCCCCUGCUGUUUCCCUCGCUCCCCCCUGCUGUUUCCCUCGCUUCCCCCUGCUGUUUCCCUCGCUUCCCCCUGCUGUUUCCCUCGCUUCCCCCUGCUGUUUCCCUCGCUUCCCCCUGCUGUUUCCCUCGCUUCCCCCUGCUGUUUCCCUCGCUCCCCCCUGCUGUUUCCCUCGCUCCCCCCUGCUGUUUCCCUCGCUCCCCCCUGCUGUUUCCCUCGCUCCCCCCUGCUGUUUCCCUCGCUUCCCCCUGCUGUUUCCCUCGCUCCCCCCUGCUGUUUCCCUCGCUCCCCCCUGCUGUUUCCCUCGCUCCCCCCUGCUGUUUCCCUCGCUUCCCCCUGCUGUUUCCCUCGCUUCCCCCUGCUGUUUCCCUCGCUUCCCCCUGCUGUUUCCCUCGCUUCCCCCUGCUGUUUCCCUCGCUUCCCCCUGCUGUUUCCCUCGCUUCCCCCUGCUGUUUCCCUCGCUCCCCCCUGCUGUUUCCCUCGCUCCCCCCUGCUGUUUCCCUCGCUUCCCCCUGCUGUUUCCCUCGCUCCCCCCUGCUGUUUCCCUCGCUCCCCCCUGCUGUUUCCCUCGCUUCCCCCCUGCUGUUUCCCUCGCUCCCCCCUGCUGUUUCCCUCGCUCCCCCCUGCUGUUUCCCUCGCUUCCCCCUGCUGUUUCCCUCGCUCCCCCCUGCUGUUUCCCUCGCUCCCCCCUGCUGUUUCCCUCGCUCCCCCCUGCUGUUUCCCUCGCUUCCCCCUGCUGUUUCCCUCGCUUCCCCCUGCUGUUUCCCUCGCUCCCCCCUGCUGUUUCCCUCGCUUCCCCCUGCUGUUUCCCUCGCUCCCCCCUGCUGGUUCCCUCGCUCCCCCCUGCUGUUUCCCUCGCUCCCCCCUGCUGUUUCCCUCGCUUCCCCCUGCUGUUUCCCUCGCUCCCCCCUGCUGUUUCCCUCGCUUCCCCCUGCUGUUUCCCUCGCUCCCCCCUGCUGUUUCCCUCGCUUCCCCCUGCUGUUUCCCUCGCUUCCCCCUGCUGUUUCCCUCGCUUCCCCCUGCUGUUUCCCUCGCUUCCCCCUGCUGUUUCCCUCGCUUCCCCCUGCUGUUUCCCUCGCUCCCCCUGCUGUUUCCCUCGCUCCCCCCUGCUGUUUCCCUCGCUCCCCCCUGCUGUUUCCCUCGCUCCCCCCUGCUGUUUCCCUCGCUCCCCCCUGCUGUUUCCCUCGCUCCCCCCUGCUGUUUCCCUCGCUCCCCCUGCUGUUUCCCUCGCUUCCCCCCUGCUGUUUCCCUCGCUCCCCCCUGCUGUUUCCCUCGCUCCCCCCUGCUGUUUCCCUCGCUUCCCCCUGCUGUUUCCCUCGCUCCCCCCUGCUGUUUCCCUCGCUUCCCCCUGCUGUUUCCCUCGCUCCCCCCUGCUGUUUCCCUCGCUCCCCCCUGCUGUUUCCCUCGCUCCCCCCUGCUGUUUCCCUCGCUACCCCCUGCUGUUUCCCUCGCUCCCCCCUGCUGUUUCCCUCGCUCCCCCCUGCUGUUUCCCUCGCUUCCCCCUGCUGUUUCCCUCGCUCCCCCCUGCUGUUUCCCUUGA